GUGGGAGCCGCGGCGCACUACUGAGUUCUCAGCAACUUCUGCUCGACUCCAGCCCGGCCUAACCCGGCCCUGCCCGACCGCACCCGAGCUCAGUGUUUGCUCGGCGUCCGCCCGGCCAGCCAUGGGAGCCCGGUGCCGCAGCUUCUCCGCGCUCCUGCUCCUGUUGCAGGUCUCCUCAUGGCUUUGCCAGAAGUCGGAGCCAGAGCCCUGCCGUCCCGGCUUCAGUUCCGAGGUCUACACCUUCCUGGUGCCGGAGAGGCACCUGGAGAGAGGCCACGUCCUGGGCAAAGUGAGAUUUGAAGGAUGCACGGGUCGGCCAAGGACAGCUUUCUCUUCUGGAGACUCCCGAUUCAAAGUGGCAGCAGAUGGUGUCAUCACAGUCAAGCGGCAUUUAAAGCUUCAUAAACCGGAGACGAGUUUUCUUGUCCAUGCCUGGGACUCCAGUCACAGGAAACUUUCUACCAAAGUGAUGCUGAAGUCCAUGGGGCACCACCACCACCGGCACCACCACCGUGACCCUGCGUCUGAAUCCAGGCCAGAAGUGGUCACGUUUCCCAGCUUUUACUUGGGUCUCAGAAGACAGAAACGAGACUGGGUCAUCCCUCCCAUCAGCUGCCCCGAAAAUGAAAAGGGCGAGUUCCCGAAGAACCUGGUUCAGAUCAAAUCCAACAGGGACAAAGAAACAAAGGUUUUCUACAGCAUCACUGGCCAAGGAGCUGACAAACCCCCCGUUGGUGUUUUCAUCAUUGAGAGGGAGACAGGCUGGCUGAAAGUGACACAGCCUCUGGAUAGAGAAGCCAUUGCCAAGUACCUCCUUUUUUCUCAUGCUGUGUCAUCAAAUGGGGAAGCAGUGGAGGAUCCCAUGGAGAUAGUGAUCACAGUGACAGAUCAGAAUGACAACAGGCCAGAGUUUAUCAAGCAGGUCUUUGAGGGAUCCGUUGCAGAAGGCGCUCUUCCAGGCACCUCCGUGAUGCAGGUCUCAGCCACUGAUGCAGACGAUGAUGUCAACACCUAUAACGCUGCCAUUGCCUACACCAUCAUCAGCCAAGAUCCGGAGCUGCCUCACAGGAAUAUGUUCACUGUCAACAGGGACACCGGGGUCAUCAGUGUGGUCACCUCCGGGCUGGACCGAGAGAGUUACCCUACAUACACUCUGGUGGUUCAGGCUGCUGACCUUCAAGGCGAAGGCUUAAGCACAACAGCAAAAGCUGUGAUCACUGUCUUGGAUAUUAAUGACAACGCUCCCAUCUUCAACCCAAGCACGUACCAGGGUCAAGUGGCUGAGAAUGAGGUCAAUGUCCCUAUCGUCACACUCAAAGUGACUGAUGAUGAUGCCCCCCAUACUCCAGCGUGGGAUGCUGUGUACACCAUAGUCAACGAUCCUGAUCAACAGUUCAUUGUCAUCACCGACCCCAAGACCAACGAUGGCAUUCUGAAAACAGCCAAGGGCUUGGAUUUUGAGGUCAGGCAGCAGUACAUUCUGUACGUGAAAGUAGAGAAUGAGGAACCCUUUGAGGGGUCUCUUGUCCCUUCCACAGCCACCGUCACCGUGGAUGUGUUAGACGUGAAUGAAGCCCCCAUCUUUGUACCUGCGGAGAAGAGAGUCGAAGUGCCUGAAGACUUUGGUGUGGGUCAGGAAAUCACAUCUUAUACCGCUCGGGAGCCAGACACGUUCAUGGAACAGAAGAUCACGUACCGGAUUUGGAGGGACACUGCCAACUGGCUGGAGAUUGACCCCGAUACCGGUGCCGUUUUGACCCGGGCUGAGAUGGACAGAGAAGACACAGAGCAUGUGAAGAACAGCACGUAUACAGCUCUCAUCAUCGCCACAGAUGAUGGCUCACCCAUUGCCACCGGCACUGGGACUCUUCUCCUGGUCCUGUCAGACAUCAACGACAACGCUCCCAUCCCAGAACCUCGAAACAUGCAGUUCUGCCAGAGGAACCCACAGCCCCAUAUCAUCACCAUCGUGGAUCCAGACCUUCCCCCCAACACAUACCCCUUCACUGCUGAGCUAACCCACGGGGCCAGCGUCAACUGGACCAUUGACUAUAAUGACAAAGAUCAAACAUCUCUUAUUUUGCAACCAAAAAAGGACUUAGAAAUUGGCGAAUACAAAAUCAAUCUCAAGCUUGCAGAUAACCAGAACAAAGACCAGGUGACCACGUUGGACGUUCAUGUGUGUGACUGUGAAGGGACUGUCAACAACUGCAUGAAGGCGGGUGGUUAUGCGGAAGCAGGAUUGCAAGUUCCUGCCAUCCUCGGAAUCCUUGGAGGGAUCCUAGCCCUGCUGAUUCUGAUCUUGCUGCUCCUACUGUUUCUGCGGAGGAGAACGGUGGUCAAAGAGCCCCUGCUGCCACCAGACGAUGACACCCGGGACAACGUGUAUUAUUAUGAUGAGGAAGGAGGUGGAGAAGAAGACCAGGACUUUGAUUUGAGCCAGCUGCACAGGGGCCUGGAUGCCCGUCCGGAAGUGACCCGAAAUGACGUGGCUCCCACCCUCAUGAGUGUGCCCCAGUACCGUCCCCGUCCUGCCAAUCCUGAUGAGAUUGGGAACUUCAUUGAUGAAAACCUGAAGGCAGCCGACAGCGACCCCACGGCACCCCCUUAUGACUCUCUGUUGGUGUUUGACUACGAGGGGAGUGGUUCUGAAGCUGCCUCGCUGAGCUCCCUGAACUCCUCAGAGUCGGAUCAGGACCAGGACUAUGAUUAUCUGAACGAGUGGGGCAACCGAUUCAAGAAGCUGGCUGACAUGUAUGGUGGCGGCGAGGAUGACUAGGGACUAGCGAGUCCCCCCCCCCCCCCCCCCCGUGUGGCGCCCUAGGAGAUGCAAAACAAUGAUGUCAGUGGUCUUUCAGCUCCUUCCCUGAGUGUGUAGAAGAGAGACUGAUCUGAGAAGUGUCCAGAUGCAUAGUCUCCCUACCAGUCUGUCUGUGUUAGGAUGGUUUUCACUGAUUGUUGAAAUCUUAUUUUAUUUUUUAUUUUUACAGUGCUGGGAUAUGAACUGUGCCUUUUUU